AUGCCUUUUGGCGCUUACACCCAAAGCAUUGUUGAGGAGGCCGGGCUCAAAGAUGUAAGUGUGGCAGACCUGAGGCCGUCUAAGGUUCCUCCGUGGACCCUCCAGGACCCUUCAGUUGACAUUUCUAUCUCUAAAAAAUUAACGAAAUCAGACUUGCCGCACCUCGUCAAAGCUGAAACUCUCUCUCAUAUUGAUCAAAAUUAUGCUGAGCAUUUAAAAAUUUACACAGAUAGAUCUAAAAACCCAGAAACCGGCAUAGUUGCAUGUGCCUUUUAUAUUCCAUCCAAAAAUAUCAAAAAUAUUAAAAGACUCAGCAACCAUCUCUCCAUAUUUUCGGCUGAACUUUUGGCAAUUAAAGAUGCACUGGACUGGGUUAUCAGUAACAAGCCCAUACAUACUGCUAUCCUCUCAGACUCGCAAUCAUCAUUGCAGUCUAUACAAAACAGAGGUAGCAGCUCCAGACCUGAUUUGAUAAAAGACAUUUUGGAACAAAAUAAUAAGUGUCUGGAGAAAAACUUAAAGGUUACCAUGGUAUGGGUCCCAGCUCAUGUCGGCCUGAAGGGGAAUGAAGUGGUUGACGGGCUUGCAAAGGAGGGCCUCAGGCGUGUGAAGGUGAAUGAUCCGGUCCCUCUUGCACCCACAGAGGUCUAUUCACUAGCCCGCCAGCACGUCAUAAAUGAAUGGCGGUCGGCGAGGACACCUAAAACAUACAUUAAUACAUUUGAUAGGACCUCUGUGAGUCUCCAGCCUCCAAAUAAAUAUUCUAAUUUCUUUAGAAUUGAUAAAUGCAUAACGAGGCUGAGACUGGGCACAUCACAUCUCCCAAGAAGUGCUGGGAAAUAUAUUCUCAAAAGUGAUCCGAACUGUGCUCGGUGUUGA